AUGCCGCUUAUUUACAGCUUUGUGGCGCGUGGGAAUGUGGUCUUAGCAGAUUACACGUCGUAUACAGGCAACUUCAGCACCGUGGCGCUGCAGGCGUUGGAGAAGGGAGGGCAGGGCGCCAAUGCCAAGUUCACAUACUCGUGCGAUGGACACACCUUCAACUACCUUUCAUCCAAUGGAUACACCUUCCUGGUGGUAGCAGACGAGCAGUUUGGGCGGCAAAUACCGUUUGCCUUCCUGGAGCGCGUGCGCGAGGAGUGGCAGCAGAAGUGGGCGGAGAAGGGGCCCGCGGCCACGGCGCACAGCCUGGACAAGAGCUUUGGGCCGCGGCUGAAGCACUGGAUGGAGUACUGCGAGCAGCACCCAGAGGAGCUCUCCAAGGUGGCCUCGGUGCAGAAGAAGGUGGAUGAGGUGAAGAACAUCAUGGUGGACAACAUCGAGAAGGUGCUGGAGCGGGGGGAGAAGAUCGAGCUGCUGGUGGACAAGACAGACAACCUGCGCUUCCAGGCCGACAAGUUCCACAAGACGGGGCGCCAGCUGCGCAGCCGCAUGUGGUGGCAGAACAUGAAGAUGAAGCUGAUCAUCGUGGCCAUCCUGCUGCUCAUCGCCGUCAUCAUCUUCUGUGCCGUCUGCUUCUCGGGCGGCAACUGCCUCAAGUAG